AUGGAGUUACGAAUGGCUUCACUCUGGUAUCGGUAUUCUUCAACAUCUGUUAACGCCGUGAUGCUCACAGAUGCCAAAUUUCGCGGUGCUUUGGUCCUGCUUGGUGGCGAGCCUUGCCAUCCAGGUGGUCUUCCAGGGUAUUUCUUUCAACGCACUGUUUUGAGCAAUGUAUCCACAGACUCAUUGAUCACCCACGAAGAGGCAUUCGCUCCAGUAUUCGCCCUCUAUCGGUUCCAGACCGAAGAGGAGGCAAUUGAAAUCGCCAAUGACUGUGAUGUCAGACUGGGCAGCUAUCUAAUGACCGAAAGCGUGGCACGUAUUUGGAGAGUCGCCGAGAGCCUCGAGGUCGGCAUGGUUGCUGUCAACCAAGAGUCAGCGAGUGUCCGCGAGAUCCCGUUCGGAGGGGAGUGA